GUUAUCUGAUAAUUUUAUUCUGUGUUAUUAUAAUCAUUAUACUUAAUUUAUAUUUUAUAUUUUUAUAUUGUAGCGUAGGACAAGAACGUCCAGAACGAUAGAAUAUUAGUUGUCAGUGUGUACUGUGUAGUGCUAUUGGUGUUUACAGUCAGUGUGCACUGCAGAAUUACUUAACGAAUUGCAAAAUUAAAUUUAGUUUCGUUAAUAUAUUGGCAGAGAAAUGUCCGCGGAAGACGUGCUAUUCGAUAUGUUACACUCAGAAAUCGUGUCAUAUCUAGUGUCCAAGUCCGCCGAAGACGAAGAUAUAUCAAUAUUAGAACACUUGGGUUACUCAUGUGGAUGGCGACUGAUUGAAAGAAUAACAAAAGAAUUGCCGAGGUAUAAAGAAGAGCUAGAAGUUUUAAAAUUUAUAUGUACAGACUUUUGGUCUUGCGUGUAUAAAAAGCAGGUGGAUAAUUUACGAACUAAUCAUCAAGGUGUCUAUGUAUUGCACGAUAACGAAUUUCGAUUUUUCAGCAAACUAUCAAAUGGCACACAGUACCUUAAAUCUGCACCCAAAUAUGCUACUUUUACAUGUGGUUUGAUUCGAGGAGCUUUAGAAAAUUUUGGAAUUUCAAGCAUUGUAACAGUUGAAAUAAUUAGAAUGCCAUCGUGUAAAUUCCAUAUACAAGUACUUCCAUCUUCAUCUUAAUAAUGAUUAUAUUUUUUAUGUAUAUACAUGGAAAAUCAAUUAAUAAUUAAAUUGAAUUAUCAAUAUUAUAAAAUAUUUUCUUUUACUAUUGUAGAAUUCAAUCCAAUGAUAUACCUAUACCUAUAAUGUAAGCAAUUAUUAUACUAUUUUAUGUAAAUUAACAAUAAUUAAUAUAUUUAAUUACUUAAAAGUUAUUAACAGA